AUGGCCGACGCCGACGCCGACGUCGCCGUGAAGCGCGAAACCAAGCCAUCGGAUUUCUCCACCGCCAUCUUGGAGCGCAAAAAGGCCCCGAACAGGCUCGUCGUCGACGAGGCGAUCAACGAUGAUAACUCCGUCGUCGCGUUAAACUUGCAAAAGAUGGAGGAGCUGCAGUUGUUCCGAGGGGACACGGUUUUGCUCAAGGGCAAAAAGCGAAAGGACUCGGUGUGCAUCGUCCUGGCGGACGAGACGUGCGACGAGGGAAAGAUUCGGAUGAAUAAGGUUGUGCGAAAGAACUUGAGAGUUCGACUGGGGGACGUCGUGAGCGUGCAUCAGUGCACGGACGUGAAAUAUGGUAAGCGCGUGCACGUGCUUCCGUUCAGUGAUUCCAUAGAGGGCGUCUCAGGGAACUUGUUCGACGUGUACCUGAAGCCAUACUUUCUUGAGGCGUACCGUCCGUUGAGAAAGGGCGACACCUUCCUCGCUCGCGGUGGUAUGCGCGCGGUUGAGUUCAAGGUCGUCGAAACCGACCCGGCGGAAUACUGCAUCGUUGCUCCGGACACAGAGAUCUUCUGCGAAGGUGAGCCAAUCAACCGCGAGGACGAGGAACGCCUCGACGACGUCGGUUACGACGACGUUGGUGGCGUGCGCAAGCAAAUGGCCCAAAUUCGCGAGCUCGUUGAGUUACCGCUCAGACACCCGACGUUAUUUAAGACGAUUGGGGUCAAGCCUCCCAAGGGUAUUCUUCUUUACGGUCCUCCGGGAAGCGGGAAGACUUUGAUUGCUCGCGCGGUGGCAAACGAAACCGGUGCCUUCUUCUUUCUCAUCAACGGCCCCGAGAUCAUGUCCAAGCUUGCAGGUGAGUCCGAAUCUAACUUGCGUAAGGCCUUCGAAGAGGCGGAAAAGAACGCGCCGGCGAUCAUUUUCAUCGACGAGAUUGACUCCAUCGCUCCGAAGCGUGAGAAGACGAAUGGCGAAGUUGAGCGCCGCAUCGUAUCCCAGCUUUUGACUCUGAUGGACGGCAUGAAGUCGCGCUCGCACAUCAUCGUCAUGGGUGCCACGAACAGACCAAACUCCAUCGAUCCCGCUCUUCGUCGUUUCGGUCGCUUCGAUCGUGAAAUCGACAUUGGCGUUCCAGAUGAAGUGGGUCGCCUCGAGGUGUUGCGCAUUCACACGAAGAACAUGAAGCUCGAUGAAGCCGUCGACUUGGAAAAGAUCUCCAAAGAAACGCACGGUUACGUCGGCGCUGAUCUCGCCGCGCUCUCUACCGAGGCUGCGCUUCAGUGCAUUCGUGAAAAGAUGGAUCUGAUUGACUUGGAAGACGAGGAAAUUGACGCUGCCGUUUUGGACUCCAUGGCCAUCACAAACGAGCAUUUCGCGACGGCCUUGACCACUUCCAACCCGUCUGCGCUCCGUGAGACUGUCGUGGAAGUGCCGAACGUGUCUUGGGACGACAUCGGCGGUCUCGAGACCGUUAAGCAGGAGCUUCAAGAGACUGUGCAGUACCCUGUUGAACACCCAGAGAAAUUCGAGAAGUUCGGCAUGGCUCCUUCCAAGGGUGUUCUCUUCUACGGUCCGCCGGGUUGCGGUAAGACACUUCUCGCGAAAGCGAUCGCCAACGAGUGCCAAGCCAACUUCAUCAGUAUUAAGGGUCCAGAGCUGUUGACGAUGUGGUUCGGUGAAUCCGAGGCUAAUGUGCGUGAGAUUUUUGACAAGGCUCGUCAAAGCGCACCGUGCGUUCUCUUCUUCGAUGAGCUCGAUUCCAUUGCCACGCAGCGUGGCGGUAAUCAAGGCGACGCCGGUGGGGCCGCUGAUCGCGUGUUAAACCAGUUGCUUACGGAAAUGGACGGCAUGGGCUCGAAGAAGACUGUCUUCAUCAUCGGCGCGACAAACCGACCGGACAUCAUUGAUACCGCUUUGAUGCGCCCGGGUCGCCUUGACCAACUCGUGUACAUCCCUCUUCCGGACGAACCGUCUCGUUUGAGUAUCUUCAAGGCCAACUUGCGCAAGUCCCCGAUCGCGGCUGACGUCGAUCUUAACGUUUUGGCAAAGUUUACAAAUGGAUUCUCUGGCGCUGACAUCACGGAAAUCUGCCAGCGCGCGUGCAAGUACGCCAUCCGUGAGAGUAUUGCUCGCGAUAUCGAGGCUGAACGCGCCGCAGCGAUGAACCCGGAUGCGAUGACGGAUGAAACGGCCGACGAUCCUGUGCCUGAAAUCACGAAGGCUCACUUCGAGGAGGCUAUGAAGCACGCUCGAAGGUCUGUCACCGAUGCCGACAUCCGCAAGUAUCAAACCUUUAGCCAAACGCUUCAUCAAGCCCGCGGCUUCGGGGGAGAUUUCCAAUUCCCGACUGGCCAGGCCAACGGAACGAGCAACGCUGCCCCGGCCGCGGCUGGAGGCGACGAUGACGAUUUGUACGAUUGA